UUCGCACUGAACCUGAAUCAACGAAAAUGGACGGAAACCCAAAAAUUCCAAGAAUGAUGGGUGAUGCCAACGAAGCUGGUGAUAGAUUUAGCAGUCUUCCGGAUCCCAUAAUUCAUCAAAUAUUAUCAUCUCUGGAAACCGUUGAUGUCAUGAGAUUAAGCGCCGUUUCAAGAAAAUGGAGGUAUUUAUGGAUUUCAAUGCCUUACUUGAACUUGGAUAUCAACACAGUUUGGUCGGACCCUCUUUCCAAGUGGUCCAUUCAUACAAUUAUUGACAAAUUCAAAGAUUUUGUCAACUGGAUUUUGCUCACUCAAGAUAGGUCAAUUGAUAUUAAAAGAUUUCGUCUUUUUUGCCAUAAUUUUUCCGAUGAUACUACGCUUUAUAGAUGGCUCAAUGUUGUGGCUAGGCGAAAUGUUCAAGAGCUUGAACUUAAUAUAAUUUCACACACACCAUUUGAGUUGCCCCGUUGCCUUGUAAAUUGCGCAUCAUUGGUUUCUUUGAGGUUAUGUUUUGACAGCUCAUGUGUUCUCAAGUUGCCUACUUGUGGUUUAAGCCGCCUCAAGUCUCUUGAUUUAUUAAGAGUUGAGUUUAAAGAUUUUAGUGUGCUUGAAAAUUUUAUUUCAAAUAGUCCUUUUCUCGAGGAUUUAAUUAUGGAAGCAUGUGUUUUUCGUGAGUUUGAGAUUCUUGAAGUUUCUUCGGCUAGUUUGAAGAAUCUCUGUGUACAUAAUGGUGGUAUUCAUGACUGUGAUGGUUUACACAACAUAGAGCUACAGCUUUCUUGCCCGAAUCUUACGUCUUUCAGUUUUAUAGGUCCAUCAGCACCUGACUACUCUUUUGAGGAACUACACUCUUUAAAAAAUGUGUUUAUUCACUUGGAAUCCAAGAGUGAAAUUCCAAAUUACCAAGACUGUUCUUAUGAAAUGUGUAAAAUCCUUGAAGGAGUUUGCAAUACUGAAGUUUUGAAACUAUCAGUUGGUAAUUUGCCGUUUCUUGAUGGACUCUCUGUUCCAAAGAGCUUCACGGGUGCAUUCUUGAAUUUGAAGUCUUUGACAAUUUUGGUGGGCAUGGAUGAACGGCACAUGCAAGCACUAAUCACCUUGCUUAACUGCUCUCCCAAUCUGGAAGCUCUUAAAAUAUAUUUUGAAUGGUGUGAUGUUGAUGUCUGGGAAAUACUGGACAAGGAUAUUUCGUGUUUAACAUAUUAUCUCAAGAUUGUUGAGUUGUUUGAGGUUGAAGGUAAUCAGAAUGAACUUGAGCUAUUGAGGUUUCUGCUAAAUAAGGGGCAUGUCUUGCAGAAAAUGAGUAUUAACUGGGUGAGAGGUAUUAAUGAUCCUGGGGAGAUUAUCCCAAAGAUAAUGAGGUUUCCUAGAUCAUCUUCUGAUGUUGAGUUGACAUUCUUUGAGCCUAAGUCAGAUGUUUACUUUUAUGACUUAUGAUACAGAAAAAUGAAAAGAAAAGCAGUGGUAUGACUUUAGGAAUUAGGCUCGUAUGGUUUAAUGUAAAGGAUUAUUUGGAUGUUUAUUUGGUUGUGAUCCUACAACUGGAUGAUUCUCUAAGGUUUAUUGUUUGCAAUUUUUUUUUUUCUUUUUUCUUUUUCUGUUGUUGGUCACGAUUGCUAGUUUUUAUAAUGAAAUAUAGUACGAAUUCUCUUCUGUGGUGGGUAGCCAAGUGAAGGAGUUGCAGAUUAUUUA